AUGGCCAAGUUGAAGAGACAACAGAGGCAUAGUUUCUUCAAUUUCUCCAUUUCCAAUUUUGCAGCUACUUUUCAAGUGCAGCUUGAGAAAGCCAAGAAUGAUGAGAACAGAACAGAGGGUAAAGCAAACCCUCAGGAAAAACAGCCAAAAGAAGAGAUCCUAAAAGUACCAGUGGGACCAGGCCCAUAUUUUGAUAUCAGUGGAUCUAAUGGAGCUAGGCUUGUGAGCAUCUAUUGCCAGCUAAGAGGCUGGCAGUGUAUCUAUGACAACACAAGAGAGGAUUAUGCACUGAAAUGGUGUGAAAUCAAGUGCCAGGAGACCUAUUAACAUUUCAAAGAAGGUGAACAGCUUCUCUAUCAGAUUCCCAACAACAGAGUCCUCACCAGUAAGAUAGGGCUUUUGUGCUGCCUGCAAGAGCAAGAGCAAGUGAUGAAUACCAUCAGUAGGAACCCUAAUUCCAAGUUACUGAUGAUGGAAGAAUUCUUCCCAGAAUCUUUUCACGUGGACUUAAAAAACAGAGACAAGCCUUUUUUUGCCCUUUGCAAAGAUGAAAACAUCUGGAUCUGCAAACCGAGUUGCUCUAACCAAGGUCGAGGAAUUUUCCUGCUUAAAACUCCAGCUGCUGUCAGCACCUUCCAAGACAAGUUCCACAGAGCCGAGGAAUACCUGCUCAGUAAGAGGGUGCUGUGCAGGGCUCCCCAGGCAAGAGUAGUGCAAAGGUAGACAUUGAAACCUGGAAAGCCAUGUGUGAUGGAAGGGAAGAAGUUUGAUGUCUGCUCUUACCUCCUCACUGCCUGCACUGCACCAUACCUGUUAUUCUUUGCCCAGGGUUAUGUCAGGCUGACCUGUGUCAACUAUGAUGCUGCUUCUGAUGAUCUGACUGCUCAUCUGACCAACCAGUACAUGCAGAAGAACUCCCUGUACAGCCAGCUGAAAGAUGAGACCAUUUGGCGGAUGGAACAUUUCAACAGCUACGUUAAUGAGAAGUUCAGAAAGUCCAAAGGGCUCCCCAAAGACUGGGAUUUCACUGUUUACUGUAAGUGGACGAAAAGGAUGAAGCAGAUUAUUUUGCAGUGCUUCCUGGCAGCCAAGCACAAACUGGAUCGCAAACUGGGCUACUUCUGUCUCAUCGGUUGCAACUUUCCAAUUGAUGAGAACUUUAAAGCUAUAGGUCAGGACACUGAGUCCACAAAAUACGUUAGAAUUACAACUCAAGCUUGUAAAGAGCGAGCCUGCCUUCUGGAGAUGAAUGCAAGCCCAGCACUGCACACCAACUGUGAAGUCUUGAAAGACAUCAUCCCAGCCAUAGUCUAUGAGAGCCUUGAUAAGUGAACAAAUUUGGUUCUUGAGUUUUUCAACAAGUGCCUCAAAGGCCACGGGAUUUUGCCUUUAGAGACUUGUCAUUUUGUGCUUCUCUAUCACGAGGAUGAUGCAGACCUGGGCCAGAAACAACCCUUGAAGCUCCAAAGUGGCCUGUAUAAAGGCCAAUACAUGCUGCCACACACACAGAGUGCCAGCCGGGCCAUAGUGCUGGAGAACUCUCCACAGAAGCCUGGUUGAACUGGAGAGGUUGCCUUGUUGGCCAGAA